CGGGCGGCGCGGGGGCACGGUGGCGGCCGCACAUCUGGGCUGCAUUAGGCGCAGGCUCCGCAGGGAAAUGCGGAGGGCUCUGCUUACAGGGCCGCGCUGGGGGAGAUUUAUGCCCCGCUAAGUGGCACCGAGCCCCAUAAAUCAUCCCCCCGCACCCCGGCCGGGGCUGCAGCGCCAGCGUCCCGGUGCCACCGUGCCAGCACCGCCGUGCCAGCGCGGCGGCAGGCCCGUGGGGAUGCACUCCUGGAUGGGCCAUCUGGGAUAUCUGGGAAGCAGCCGGCCCGGCAGUGUUGUGGCGGCGCGUGGCACGUGGCCUGUGGGUGACAGAGGCGUCCCAGGCUCCACCAGGGUGCUGUGGGGACAUCAGGGCAUGGCUGUGCCCCCCCAGAGCCAGCCCGGCAGUGUCCCCGUGGCGGGCGAUGCCAGCGGGCCUGGAGGUGCCGGGGCGUGUCCCCCACGGCUCUGCGGUGCCACGCGGGCUGGCACCGGGGGUCCCCAGCCCCGCUGGAGAGUGGCCAGCCUGGCUGCGUGCCGGCAAGCCCCCAGCACCCUGCUGGCGGGGCUGCAGGGCUCUGUGGAUCCAUGACCUGCGCCGGGAGCGGCAGGAAGGGAUGGAGGUGCCUCAUGAGGCUGCCGGGUGCCGGGCGUGCGUGUGGGGCAGCGGGGUCUGGUUGGGAUUAGGGGCCUGCGCCCCCCUCGCCGGUGGGGCUGUUUCCAUCGCGCCGCUGGCUGGAGCCGGAGCUGGAUGGGAAAUCCAGGCCCAGCUAAUUACGGCCUCGCUGGAGUCUCCCGUGCGCGGCCGCAUUUAUAAACACACGGAGGAGACAGGAUGUAAACACUCAGCGCCGCGAGCGCAGGCACGGCCCGGACCGGGGGGGACGCGGGGCCACGCGCCCCCCGCGCCACCACCCGCUCCUGGCACGGCGGCUUCGCCAUGGGAUGGAUGGGAUGGGAUGGAUGGGAUGGGAUGGAGUGCGGUAGAAUGGGAUGGAUGGCUUGGGGACCCCGCUGUGGUAGCCGUGGGUGCUGUUGGGGAACAAGGGCACACGUGCUGUUCCUGUUGGAACUCGGGGAGUGCUGCGUCUGUGAUUCCUGGGUGUGGAAUGUGAGCAUCCUCGUGCCCCCACCGUGCCAGCUCCACAGGGACGCUGCUGUGCGGUGGUGUCACCGCCCCAGACACGGCGGGGUUAAAUGCCAGCAGUGUGGGGACACAGAGGCCUCUGUCCAUGAGCCCUGGAGUGUCACCCACUCCAAACCCUUGGAGCUGGCGGCCCCAUUGGCCUGGGAAACAGUCUGUGGAGGGUUAAGAGGUGCCAGCUGGUGGCCAGGACAGUGGCUGGAGUAGGGGGGACAGGGCUGCUUUGUCCUCUGUGCCACAGUCACGCCUGGCCACCGCGAGACCUCCCGUGCUGGCCCCAGGAAUGGGGCUGCGGGGCGGGAUGGGGCUCUGUUGGCCGCUGGACGCCGGCCCAUCAGAUAGGGCAGCUCCCGCCGCGGCGUCGGGGGCUGGCUCGGCUCCAUCCUCUGCCGGGGGCUCCGGGGCCAGGGGGUCUCCCCUUCCCGGCUGCCGCCCCCGCCACCAGGGUUUCGGGAAAGCGGCUCUGGGCGGGCUGUGGUCGCUCAGCCCUCGGCGGCUCUGCCCACAGCAUGCCCAGGGAACAGCUCACGCUCUCCGUGGCCGAAUUCCUGCCUCGGCCGCUGGCCGGGAGGUCCGGCCAGCGCUGCUGCCUGCGCUGCUGGCCGGGUGGCAGGCCAGGGGUCCCGGGUGUCACCCCAAAGGCGGGUGAGCCACGUCCCCGCUGCCACGUGUGCGAUGGGUGUCCGUGGCAGCGCCGGUGUGUCCGGCGUGGGCGUGCCAGCAGAGCAGGGGGUGCCCGCUCCCGUGGCCCCCCGUCACCCCGGCUCCUCGGGUGUCCCCAGGGCCCUGCGGGUGACCCCGGGCAGGCACGCCAUGAGCUGCUUACGUGGGCUGGGAGCAUCCUGGCCGUGCUCCAGGGCCGGUUUUGAAACCCUCGGGCUCUUCCUCUCCGACGUCACCGGGAUCCAGCUGUGCCGGCUGGAGCCUCCCUCCUCCACUGUCUGUGCCGGUGACUCUUGGGGGAUCUUCACCUUCCUGUGCGCCGCGCUUUGCAACCUGCCGGCGCUGCCGGCGCUGAACUGCUCCGAGGAGCUGGGCGCCGGCCAGUCCAUCCAGCAGACGUACGACCUGACCCGCUACCUGGAGCACCAGCUCCGCACCCUCGCCGGCACCUACCUGAACUACCUGGGCCCCCCCUUCAAUGAGCCCGACUUCAACCCGCCGCGGCUGGCGCGCGCCGAGCGGGUGCCCAGCGCCACCGUGGACCUGGACCUGUGGCGGGGCCUGACGGACAACGCCCGCCUGGCCGCCAACUACCGGGCCUACAGCCGCCUGCUCUGCUACCUGCGAGUGCUGGACGGGCAGGUGGGCACGGCCGAGCUGCGCCACCGCCUCGCCCACUUCUGCGCCAGCCUCCAGGGGCUGGUGCUCAGCAUCGGCGGCGUCAUGUCCUCGCUGGGCUACCCGCUGCCCGCCGGCCCCGCCGGGCCCCCCGCGCCCCCCGGCGCGCCCGCGGCGCCCAAUGACUUCCUGAAGAAGAUGGAUGACUUCUGGCUGCUGAAGGAGCUGCAGACCUGGCUCUGGCGCUCGGCCAAGGACUUCAACCGCCUCAAGAAGAAGGUGCCGCCCGCUGUGGUCACCCUGCGGCUGGAGGCGAGGGGGUUCUGAGCACCUGCUGGGUGCCACCAGGGCCACGCAGGUCCCCUCCUCCACCACCAGUGUGCCUUGAGAAAGGGAUGGGGCUCCUGACCCCCCAAACCACCCCACAACCUCAUCAUCACCUGGCAGUGCCUUGAAAGAUGGGGCUCCUGACAUCACGUGUCACCACAGCCACCCUGCAGCCCCUCCACCACCAUCAUCAUCAUCAUACUGUGCCUUAAGGAACAGGGCUCCUGACCCCAAGUGCCACCACGGCCCCCCCCCAUGUUCCCUGUCCACCACCAGCGUGCUUCGAGAAACAGGGUUUCUGACUCCCAAGUGCCACCACAGCCACCUCACAAUCCCACUUUUGUCACCGUGCCUUAAGUGAGGGGCUCCUGACCCCAAGUGCCACCCACCACAGCCACCUCACAUCCCCUCUGUCACCACGCUCUGCUGUAUGGGAUGCGUCUCCUGACCCCAAGUGCCACCAAAGCCACUCCAUGUCCCCUCUUCGCAACCGGUGUCCCUUCAAAACUGUCUCCUGACCCCGGAGUGCUGCCUAAGCCACUCCACACCCUUAUCAUCACCCAGCUGUGCCUUAAGGGUGGAGUUCCUCACCCCAAAGUGCCGCCACAGUCACCCCGCAGCCCCUCCGUCACUAUGUUGUGUCUUAAGGGAUAGGUGUCCUGACUCCCGAGCGCCCCUCCAUGGUGUCCCCAACCCCCAGGGUGCCUGUCCCCAUCCCUAAAAUCUCCAGAGUGGGUGAAAACCCCGCCCAUCCCAAAAAGGACCAAGGCCCUCUGAGCAUAGGAAUAAGCCCCGCCCCAGCCAGCAGCAAGCCACGCCCCGGAGCAAUAGGCUCCGCCCCAGAUGGCAAUAAGC